AUGUUUGCGACCAAGGUUCUCCGUCAAGCCUCUGCUGCUGCUGCUCACUCUGAGCGUACUCCAUUGAUCAGGUUCAUGGGCAAGAGAUCAAUUCCUUCUUCCAUCGAUCACUCUGCUCGACCACACCCAGCAUCCCCAAGCCACGAACUUCCAGCAGGCUUUGCUGAGGCUCAAAAGUCUUCCUCCUUUUCUUCCUACAGACAGAAGGCCCAACAGCAUGGUCCACUCGGUCGCGGUGCCAGUAACGACGGCACCAUCGGUUCUCUCUCCGGUAGAGCUUUAGGCUCCGUCGCUCCAAACAAGGGUGAAUACUUCGAUCGCAACGAAUUACCUGCACGUUUCCGCCGCAUUCCAAUUGACCUUGCCGAGAUUGAUGCAAUCGAAACCGGUGGUGCUACAGUUGUCUGCUAA